AUGAAACGUGAAACAGAGGUGUUGUCUUCGACUGACAGCUAUGAAUUUUCUUGUCCACCUCAGGCACACUGGAGACUUAGAGCUAAAUCUGUGUGCAUGCCUGAAGGAAAGUACUCUUGCUUAUAUGAUGUGAACCUUCAAGUUAAUGUAUACAGAGAUAAAUGCAUAAGACCUAGAAUUUUAGGGCCUGUGGUUGCUGUAGGCAUAUAUAUUCUACAGAGAAUUACUAUAAGCCGGAUGAUCAGAAUUGAAAAAGCUAAGCAGGCGGACGUUACACUUGCUAAAAGAUUUAUGCAUAAUUCAGUGAAUGAAAAGAGGUAUUUUGUAAAACUAAUGAUUGUUGGAAAGGAUGGCGCCGGGAAGUCAAGCUUAUUAAGAAGAUUGUUAAAAGAAGAUACCGAGAAUGUAGAGAGCACAGAUGGUAUUGAUAUUGUUGUUCGCCGAUGCAAAAUCAACACAGAAACUGGUGAAUGGGCAAUCUACAAAAAUGGUGUUUCUGAUAAUAAACAAGAGCGCAUUCAGAGAGUUAUAGACCAAGCGUUAGAAAAUAAACCAAAGGACACUGUAACGGAUUCAGAAUCACCAACCCCCAAAUCAGGACCUGAUGAAGUUCAAACUAGAAAUGAGGUUGAAACAAUAAUCAGUGGAACAAUUGAUCAUUCGGAACCAGAACCAGAACCAAAACCAAAACCAGAACCAGAACCAGAACCAGAACCAGGUACAGCAACGGUCAAAACACCAUAUGCAGAAUUAGCAGAGAAAAGACAAAUAAGUCGUCUUGAAACAAUUUCUACUUUUGAAGACGAAAACAUAGAAAAAUUUGAAAUCAUUGAUGAGAAGGAUAACGACAUGAAAGAUACUAUAAAUGACAGUACAAAUAAUACUACCACAACAAACACUCUGAAAGUUAAUGUCAGUAAACAUCGGUCGUCAUCAUCCCUUGAUAUGCCAUCGGGUUUGCUCUCGAAUGUUUUUGCAUCGACGCCGAAUUCAUAUAAUUCUUUGAACCAUUUUGCAUCAUGUGGACUAUGGGACUUCGCAGGACAAAAGGAAUUCUAUGCUACGCAUCAGGCUUUUUUGACAAGUCGUGCUAUAUAUGUGUUGGUUGCUGAAUUUAUGGAAGAUAUUCGUACCGAUGUGGAAAAAAAGUAUUUUGAAAAUAUGCAACAUUCUGGGGAAUAUGUUGAUUUUUGGUUUGAUACUAUUCACUGCCAUCAAACAGAUGAAAAGGAAGGAACACUUUGCCCACCUGUUAUAAUAGUUUUCACUGGAACAGAUAAAUGCAAGGAAAAUAUAGAUAACAGGAAAGAAGUCCUCGAAAGACAAAUAGACCAGGUUUUCGGAAAGCUUGACAAAUACAAACACUUACGAAACAUAUUUUAUUUAUCCAAUACAACGGACACGGACGACGAAUUUGAAAAGUUACGAAGAGAAAUAUCAGAAACAGCGACGAAAAUGAAGACAUGGGGAGAAUGUGUGCCGUUGAAAUGGAUUCUUUUAGAGUAUUUGAUGGAAGUUAAUAUGGAAAAAGGAAAGAAUUUCAUUGACAUUUCUGACAUGCGUGAGAUGGCUGCACAUUCUGAAAUUGGAAUUAAAGACUCGAAAGACGUGUCAAAGUUUCUUUGUUUUCAGCAUGAGGUAGGAAACAUUAUAUAUUUUGAAGAUAUACCAGAUUUGAUUAUUCUCAAUCCACAAUGGCUGGUAGAUGCUUUUCGAUGUUUAGUGUCGAAUAAAUUUGAUCCUGCAGUGCGUGGCCGUUCAGAUUGGACAGAUUUUCUACAAAACGGUCUUAUCACUAAAUGUUUGAUAACCAAGCUCUUCGAAUCAAAAAGUGGAGAUAAAUUUUUAGGAAAAACAAACGAACUUCUUGAUAUAAUGUUAAAGUUUGAUAUAUUGGUGGAAACUAAUGAAAAUGAAAAAUAUGUAAUGCCAAGCAUGAUGCCGACUGAAUCAUUUGAAGAAUUAUACAAAUCCAUUGAAAUUGACCAUCCAAACUGUACAAGAACUUCUUGGUUUUGUCUCCAAUUUGAAUUUCUUCCUCCAGCCUUCUUUAAUCAUUUUUCUGCUGAGUUUAUGAAGAAAUAUAAACCUACAGAAGCAGAAGGAAAAUCGUUGGCAUUAUUCCGAGGAAUUUGUGUUUUUGACGUUGAGUCUGAAUCUGAAAAGCUUUUGCUAACACUUUCUGCUGAUAGAAUAGCUGUCCAACUCUUAUCGUUUUCCAAAAAACAGAAGAAUAUCGGGAAAAUGUGUAGUACUAUUCGCAAAGAACUGAUUAGUAAAAUCAUAGACAUAGAAAAGAGGUAUAAGUUGACAGUAUCUUACGAACAGCAUUUUAAAUGCAGUACUGGAAAAUAUUAUGAAAAUACAAAGUCCUAUUCAGAUUUGAAAAUUUCAACCGAAUAUUACUGUACUGAUCAUAAAGAAGAACAUAAAUCGGAUGAGAUUUAUAUGCCAUGGAUGAUGGAUGAAGUUAAGGCAGAUAGGAAAAGAAUGAUGCAUAAAAGGCAGGAAUAUCUUGUAUCAGUUGAAUGUAUUCCUAAAAGGAAUGCUAGAAAAGUUGAAUAUUUUGAAGAUAAUGAAGAUAUUGAGAAAAUAGAGACAUCAGUACAAGUUGAAAUUCCACAUUGUGAUGAUUGUGUUGUGGUGUUCCCUUGUAUGCCUGGAGAACCUGCCUUCUGUGAUGCUAGUUGUCCGGAUGAAGGAGGUUGGAUGCUAAGAGCAUUAUAUCGUACAUUAGAUAAAUACGAGGUAGGGAGUACUGUUCAUAUACUAGACAUACUUACGGAUGUAAACAGAGAAAUUAGUCAGUGCGUAUUACCACUUAAUACAUCGAAUCCUGAAUUACAAAUACUUUUAUUGAAAGAGAAGGUUGAACAGAAACUUUGUGAGAAAAAUAUAAGCAAGCAAAUCUUCAGAGAACUCAAUGAAAUACACACAGUGCUAGACGAACUAUACAAGAACACUGGACCUGGAACAUCUGACAAUGUUAACAAAAUAACAUUUAGAACAGAAAAGAUUGUUGGACCAGUGAAACUCAAAGCACAGUCAUGCUUCUACCACAAUUUGGGUUUUGAAGAAUGCGAUAUGACUCUUCAGAAGACAAAAAUAGUAAAAUAA